UGACGCCGGAAUUGACCGAAGUUAGGACCACGUGAAUUCUCUCCCUCCGUUAAAUGAUAUGAAUUAAGAAACAAAUUCCUCUGAUUCCGCUUUGGCCAAGCCGGGAUUCGAACUUCGGACCAUCAGAUUGGCAGCCGAGCGCGAAAACCACUCGUCCAGCAAGGAACUUAGGUGCAGUGGUGAAGAAUCUUGCUGACAGAUGAGAAGAGUUUUUGACUUACCCAGAAAUUUGGCACUGACGUUGAAGAAAGUAUUGGAUCCCUUGGCAAAAGUGAAAAUAAAAAGAAGAAAAAUUUAACAAAACAAACAAAAAAGAACUCUAAAAAACCAGUAGCAGAUGGUGAUCUUGAUCAGUCAAAUCAAUCUAAUGCUGGAGGGUCAAACAAACUUUUACCAGAAAGCAGCAUAAAUAAACCUGUAGUGAUGGGAAAAAAUAAAAGAAAAAUGAAGGAAGCUAAUGGUGAGGAUGCAUUGUCAAAGAGACCUAGAAUUAAACCCGAGGGUGAACAAGCUGUUUCUGAGACUUUACCUGUUGUAAGGAAAGAUGAUAAAAUUAGAAAUGGUAAGCCUACUUUAACUAAAAAAGGAAAGUGGGGAAAAAGAAAAGAUACACAGAAUGCUGAUGAAAAUGAAAAAGUUAGCAAUGAACCUGCUUUGAAAAAAUUGAAGGUGGAAAAUGAGAAUGUAAAUGACAUCAAGAAUAAGUUGGGUACUAAUGAUGAAGAGCCACAGUCAAGUGCAGAUGCUGCCAUUCCAAAGAAGAAGAAGAAGAAGAAGAAGAAGAAAAAGCAAGGCAGGAUCAUUGAAGCAAGUGAGGGAAAAGAAAAGACUGACAAAAAAGUUAGUGAUGAACCUACUUUAAAAAAAUUGAAGGUGGAGAAUGGGAAUUCGAGUAAUGAAGUAUUGGAAGUUAAAAAGUUAGAAGUUAAUGAUAAACAACAGCAGUUAAAUGCAGAUAUGGCCACUGGAAAGAAAAAGAAGAAAAAAGGAAAAAAGAAGCAGGCCAGUAUCAGUGAAGCAAAUGAGGUUCAAAAAGAGACAAAAGAACUAGGUUCACCAGGUAGCAGUGUCAAAGAACAAGGAAAGAAAAAUAAAAAGAAAAAGAAUAAAAAAAAUAAGGUAGAAAUGGGAAAAAUGAAUCAGACCAUUACAGACAUUGCUAAGCCAUCCUCUGGAGAGAUGAAAAGCAGUAAUAAUGCAGUUGUGGAGCAGAAAAACAAGAAGAAAGUUCCAAAGGCAGAAGAAGCAUCAUCUGCCACUGGCAAGUCACAAAGCAAAAAGAAUGGGAGUCUUGAUGGAUCAAGUAAAGAUUCUAGUAAUGAAGCCAUGAUAUCUUCCCCUUUAAAACUUAAUGAAGCAUAUGGAGAUGAAGCUAGUAGAGAUGAAAUCAUCAAAUGUUGGUCUGAAGGCUCACCACUUCAAAAAGAUAAUGGUUUCAAGUUACUGACUGAACCCUUCAAAUGUAUGUAUAUGCCACAUUUCCUGCAAGAUGGUAAUUUCCUACAGAAUGUGAAAGAAGAACUGUCAAGUUUAGAGUUACAUAAGAAGAGUAAUGACCUUUAUAAGGCUACUAACUGUCAGGAGGCGGGGUGUAACGCCGUCCUCCAGGACCCCUGCGGCCAUGAAGUAUGCAGGACCCACGCUCCUUGUGCUAUCAGCCACGAGGACCUGACUGUUUGGCAUCAUGAGGCUUGCACCAUUUGCUACGACCUUGUGAGCCAAUUCUUGGACGGAGCUGCCGCCGUUAAAGAAGUCGCGUUGGCUACCCUGAAGGCCUGGGUAGGCGGCUUCGGGAAAAACGCCCCCAAAGGACAGCCCUAUAUCCUUGAUAAGAAGUUGGCUGUCCAGAUCUUCCCUGGUGGCAAGGCAACUGGGUAUGUGGAUCCCGCCGCGGCAGCUCCGACAAUUGCAUACAUCCAGCAGCAGGUGGAGCAAGCCUUGGUUGGAGAGGGUAGCCAGGACGUCGUGGCGGACGUGGCCACACUCGACCUUAAUUUAGAGCCUAUGACGGCUACUAACUGUCAGGAGGCGGGGUGUAACGCCAUCUUCCAGGACCCCUGCGGCCAUGAAGUAUGCAGGACCCACGCUCCUUGUGCUAUCAGCCACGAGGACCUGACUGUUUGGCAUCAUGAGGCUUGCACCAUUUGCUACGACCUUGUGAGCCAAUUCUUGGACGGAGCUGCCACCGUUAAAGAAGUCGCGUUGGCUACCCUGAAGGCCUGGGUAGGCGGCUUCGGGAAAAACGCCCCCAAAGGACAGCCCUAUAUCCUUGAUAAGAAGUUGGCUGUCCAGAUCUUCCCCGGUGGCAAGGCAACUGGGUAUGUGGAUCCCGCCGCGGCAGCUCCGAUAAUUGCAUACAUCCAGCAGCAGGUGGAGCAAGCCUUGGUUGGAGAGGGUAGCCAGGACAUCGUGGCGGACGUGGCCACACUCGACCUUAAUUUAGAGCCUAUGACGGUAGGUGCUGAGGACCUAUUAGUUGAGGUAAGUUUGUUGGGCGCUCAAGGGCUUCCCUUGGGUGCGCCUGGAUCUUCUUCCCCUGUACCUUCUUCCUCUUCAUCCCAAGGCUUUACGGGAUCAGAGAUCCCUACUAGUACGCCUGCUGCAUCUGUGCCCCCUAAGGUGAAGGGACACAGAGAGCAGAAGACAGCAUCCAAAAAACAGUCGUCGUCUUCUCGUAAGUCUUCGGCGUCCCAUACCGGAGCAGGGAAAGUGAAGUCCAAGCCAUCACACUCUAGAGGGUCACGAGGCAAGUCCUCUAAGGAGAAGGUCCGCGCUCCAGCCAAGCCUGUACCUUCUCCUGUUGCUGCCUUUUCGGCAGCUUUCUUACAACAAGUGGGCGAGACGUUCAAAUUGCUUGAUACGAGGUUUGAGCAGAUGUUUGCUCGAAUCUCUAAUACGCUAAAUCAGUCAGGUCAGUCCAUUCAAAACCUGUCAGAGCGUGUAUCAGACCACGACAAUCCCCUGGCUGGCCUGAACCAGAUACCUCAGGCCGACCCUCCAGUAGCAGGAACUGGUCUUGCCCAGUUACCAGCAUACGACACCCUUCCCGCAUUUUCUAUGAGUAAUCCUUGGAGGGUAGCAGCCUAUGCUCCCUUCAAGGAUGGCAUGAUAUCAAUCCCGGAAUGUGGAACAAGAAGGAUCGAGGACUUCGAGUUCCACCCUACCGGAUUGACAACGCCUUUCAUGGGUUAUGCAAGACUGACAGAGACAGCUCUCAAUAGGGAAGACAAAAUCCCUAGAGAAACUGUCCUGUACAGUAGGGACCAAGCCCAGAGGGAAUGGGUACAUUGCUUGGAGGACUGGGAUUGCUCCAACACCAGACUCCAAGCCUUCAAAAGCCCAUUUACCAUCUAUGUCACAGAGGAGGAGUCACCACUCCCCUUUACGACAAAACUGAUGAAAACUACCAUGCAAGCGGCUAUGAAGGACGAACCUCUCCCACAGCUCAAGGAAGCAGACCCUACUUCUCCUCUCUUCCCGGCAUUUGGAGACCUGUGGGAGAACCUGCCGGCUACCUUCACGGUAGGUAAGUUGAAACCGGACUGUGCCAUGGAACAGCUCGGGGAGAAGCUGCCUAGACUGCCUGAUAACCUCAUUCAGGCAGAGUUCGAUGCAAGGACCAGGCUUGGGAGGACGCUCAACUCCCUGGUCAUAACCGAAGAGGCUGCCCUAACCUACGCCUCGGAACCCCUCUUCAAAAUCCUGGCCAAAUCUCAAAUGCAGACCGUACAAGCUGAUGCGUAUGACUUUAUAGUAGCAAGGAGGAACUGCCGUAAGCAUGUCCUCCAAGAGGCUACUAUCCGACAUGAACCAAAUAGGCUACUCGCCUCAAACAUCUGGGGAGCAGACCUCUUUCCGGAGUCAUCGGUCAAUGAGGUACACCACGAAGCUUCGAGGCUUAACCAAAGCCUUAGAGCUCGGUGGGGUAUCUCAGCUAAGAGGAAGCAGGAGAAUCCUUCCUCCUCUGCAAGAAAUUAAAAAAAACUAAGAGGUUCCAGCCGUACCAAAAGCAUCAGCAGCAGCAGCAUUUCGUUCAGGCUGUCCCAGUCACUCAACCUGGUCAGCCAUCAACAUCUAAAGGCCAGAGUCAGCCCAUUCUCUUGCUGUCCCCUCAAGGUCAACCUUCAACCUCGUAUGCUGUUUCUCCGGCUUUCAACCCUAUGUUUGAAAGCCAAGCUUUCCAAACCUUUAAUAGGUUCGCCAGGGGAAGCAGGGCCAGAGGUAACUUUCGGCAACGAGGUGCAGGAAGAGCUACCAACAGGGGUAAGCACUUCCGAGGAGGACGUGGAGGCCAUCCCACACAACAGCAGUGAGGUUCCCCAGGUAGGAGGGAGGCUGUUCCUCUUCCGUCACAGGUGGGGGUUCAGCAAAUGGGCACAGAGUAUCGUGUCCAAAGGGCUAGGUUGGAGUUGGAUCAAAGGUCCCCCUCCAACCAAAUCUUUCCUUCAACCACCAUCAAAGGAAUUGGCAGAUUAUGCAGAGGAGCUCCUCCAGAAAGGAGUUGUGUCGAGAGUCAAGCAUCUAAAAUUUCAAGGGCGCUUGUUCAGCGUGCCAAAGAAAGGCUCAUUAAAAAGAAGAAUAAUCUUAGACUUGUCUCAGCUAAACUUAUUCAUUCGUUGCGACAAGUUCAAAAUGCUGACCAUCUUCAGGAGAAGUUUUGCUUUCCCCAGAUCGUAGUUUUUUUAGCUAAAAAUGAGGACCCUUUAGCGAGGUGGGCCCCUUGGAAGGUCAUCCCCCUUCCCCAAGACCCUUCUCUUUGUCCAGUAAUGACGUUACGAGCCUUUCUGUCUAGGACAUCUUCUAGAUCCUCAGGUCCUCUCUUUAUGAGAGAAAAAGGUGGCACUUUAUCAGUAAAAGGGAUCAGGCAGCAGAUCCUUUACUUCAUUAAACAAGCUAAUCCUGAAUCAUUUCCAAAAGCACAUGAUAUCAGGGCAGUAGCCACCUCUAUUAAUUAUUUUCAACAUAUGAAUUUUGGUGAUCUUGAGAAAUAUACUGGAUGGAAAUCGCUGACAGUCUUCAAGCGUCACUAUCUAAAGUCCUUGGAAUCCUUAAAAUUUUCAGCAGUGGCAGUGGGAAACAUAGUUUCCCCUGACUCUGCACAGUAGUUGUAGUUGAAGAUCCAGGUCUCCUUUCUAUCUACCUCAGCUAAUAUGUCUCUUACCCUACCGUUAAGCUCUAUAAGGUUCUCUAGCCUUAGCUGCUAUGAUUACAUCAAAGUGGAAUGUCCCUUAUUUUUAUGCUAGGGACAUCUACACCAAUUUGUAUAUUAUGAAAUAUCUUUGGGUGUUGCUCCCCUUAUUUUUAUGCUAGGGUAGCACACCUUUAUUGUUUACUAUGUUUUGUAUAUUGUUUUAGUUUUAGUGAGUCUUUUUAUUAUAUUAUCUCACUCACCAUACUAAAUAAGUUAUCAUUGAUUGUUUGAAUUAAUAUUAAGUUAGUUAUAAGUUUCUUUGAAUUUGUAAGUAAAAUUUUUGUAUGACAACUUUUGAAUCUAUGCCAUUAUACCUUUAAUUUUA